AGAAACCCUAACACUCAUCACGCCGCCACUGAUCUGCUCUGUUGCUGGUGACUAGGAGCAGUAGCGAGAGGGAUUCUGGAUGGCCAAGUCGAAGAACCACACGGCGCAUAACCAGUCGUUCAAGGCGCACAAGAACGGCAUCAAGAAGCCCAAGCGCCACCGCCAGACCUCCACCAAGGGGAUGGACCCGAAGUUUCUGAGGAACUUGAGGUACUCAAGGAAGGGCAACAAGAAGAGUGGCGAGGCUGAGUCCGAGGAGUAAGAUGAUGGUGAUUGAGUUUGUGGCGACAAAUGCAUCUCUUGUAUCGCUAAGAGUCUUAGCUGUGAACUUAGUUCUCACUUCUGUGUGACUGUGAUCAAAGGACUUGUGUAUGAUCAAAGGAGAUCCAUCAGUUGGUACCGAAGUGUAUUUUAUGUCUUGUUGGUUACCUGGAAUUUAAUUAAAACCAUCACUUGUAUCCUUUUGAGAAUUGGGCAAUUGAUGUGUCGUUUUCUGUUC